CAUACCCAACUCAUUAUCAAUAGGUCCACUUGGGUUUGGGUAUAAUUAUCCAUGGGUGGGUAAUUUGCCAUCCCUAGUUCGUAACUGUCUGUCAUCCAUAUGAUUUGAUGUCCAUUAUGUGAAUUGUAAAUAAUGACAGUGACCAAUUCAUAAAAUAGCCUCACGUACAGGUAAGUGACCAAUUAGCAGUAGGUUGACCACAUAACAAUAAAUCAAGUAUGCAAUGGGGUGAGAGAAAAGUCCAAAAGCAGGUUUUCAGAAAGUGAGAGUGUAGAAGAAGAAGAAGAAGCAAAAGGGUGGUUUCAGUUUCAGAAGAAAGAGAGAGAGGCAGGGUGGGUUGAGAGAGGAGAAUUUUACAGCUUCGGCAGUCCUCCUGUCUUUUCCCUUUUCUCCUCCUCGUGAUCUCCCAUUUCUCCUUUCCCCCCGCUUUUUUUCCCAUUUACUUUCCUAGCCAGCGAGCGAGCAAGUAAAGAAAGAGCACAUUGAAGAAGAGGGGAAAGCAAGAAAUAUUUUUUUUUUAUGGGUAGUUCGUCGUGUGGAACCGGAGGAAGGAAUGGAGGAGUGAGGCAGUACAUAAGAUCGAAGGUGCCUCGCCUCCGGUGGACUCCCGACCUUCACCACUGCUUCCUUCACGCCAUCGACCGCCUCGGCGGCCACCACAAGGCGACGCCCAAACUGGUGCUUCAGUUGAUGGAUGUGAAGGGACUCACCAUCUCCCAUGUCAAGAGCCAUCUCCAGAUGUAUAGAAGCAUUAGGACUGAAUCUGAUCAGCUGCCUUUCACCACCAACUCACCAGUAGGAAUGGAGGCCAGCAGUAAUGGCGAAGACGAAGAAGGAGAUGAAGAUCAAGAGAAGGUGAAGGAAGGGAAAGAAACCAAAAGUGAUCAAUUUUACCAGUUUCUUCUUCUUCUCCCCACCCCCAAAAGGGUGAAAGUGGAGAGCUUGAACAGUAGUGGUGGGAAAGGGGGAGACCAUGGGAGCAUUGUUAUGAUGGAUGGGGAAAGGAUUAGGAAGAAGAGGAAGAGGUGGUCAUCAUGUAAUCAUCAGAUUAUUGAGUUCAACAACAAGAAGAAGAAGAAGGGAAUCUUUUGUGGUACUGUUCCGUACGAAUCCAUUGAUCUCAUUAACCCCCACCAUCAUCAUCAUCAUAUCCACAGUGGAAUCAACUCAAAUCAGCAACAGUACCACAAUGGAGGUGGUGGAGGAGGAGGAGGGUUCCGGUGUGGCCAAAUGCAGCUCUCUCAAUAUGCUCCCACUAACGUGGUUGGAUUUUCUGGUUCUACCCACCACCGGGGAGAAUCUCAUCUUCUCAAGGUUAUGAAAGUGGAGACCGCGGCCGAGCUAGCAAACGGAGUAGCCAGCUGGAAGUGCAAGCAACUGCCGAAGAAAGCUGUCGCCGGAGGAGCUGGUAGCGGUGACGAGAGAGCAGGGGCAGUUGGCCAAUAUUGUGACGGUAACGGCGGCAGUGGUCGGAAUGGCUGCGAGUUGUCGUUGUCGCUUUCAUUGCCCGGCGGAGGCAGUGAGGUUGACGGCGGUCUCUCUUUGAGCCUUACUACUUCAACGGAUCAUCAUCAGAUGGCGAUAACGAGCAUGUGCAACGAUGCCUUCUCAUCAUCAGCAGCUUCUUCUUCUUCUUCAUCUGCCGCUUUAUCUUGUUCUUCCUCUUGCUCCAAUCCUACCCCCAGCUUGGACCUUUCCAUUGCUCUCUGUGGCACUUAAUUAGGAGCACUUCUACUAUGCUAUAUAGUAUUGGUGCUUUAAUGUACAACUUAAAAUUGUAUCAUAACAUUAAAUGUAUAAGUUUUGGUUGUACCAUAAAGCAAUUUGUACCAUAAAGCAAUUUGUACCAUUAUGUUAUGGUACAACUUUACAACUUGAAGUUGUACCAUCACAUAAAGGUACAAGUCCAAGUUGUACCAUAAAAGAAUUUGUACAAAAAGUAUAGGUACAAUCUAAAGUUGUACUAUAACGUAAAUGCACAAUUUUAAGUUGUACCAUAAAGGCAAAAUCCUAUAACACCAAUACUAUAUAGCAUUAUAAAAUUUCUCCUUAAUUAGAUGUAUGGCGUUGUUCUUAGUUUAGUUGUAUUUUCUCGUUUUGUGCGACUGGGCUAUUUGACAGGUACUGGGCCUUCCUCUCAAAGCAAUUGAGCCCAAUGCUUAUGGGUUGCGGGCAAUCAUCAUGGGGCCUACCGUGUUUCUACCAAUAAGGAAUUUUAGGUGGAAGACCUACUGGUUUGGCCUUGUAUUUUUAUUUGUGCUUGCCCUUUCAUGGGAGGCCAGGUACUACCACCAAGUGCAAAUAAUUAAUGUUUGGCAUGUAGAAUCUACUCGAAUUUUUUUUCUUCCAAGACUUCUGUUUUCUGGUUGCUAUAUUUUUAAUUUAAUUAUGGAGAUCAGAUGUGUUCUAGAUUUGAUAUUUAUAAUAUUGAAUUUAUAUUUUUUUUAAGAAUCGAUUACAAAUUGAACUGGAUGUUCUGUGGUUGGAAUAAAAUAAUUAAUCUUGAACUUAAAAAUAACAAUACCAUGAAUUGUUGAAUGAGAUAAUUUUGGUGGUUGGUAAUAAUUCCAUUCUAGUGCUCGCCUUAGCCCCCGUGAGCUGUUGGAUCGGUUACUUGAAAUUUACAAAAUUAAACUUAUUAGAGGUUAUCAAAGUUUUUUUUUAUAUGAAUGUAUCUAGAUUAUUCAUUUAUGUACGUGUUAGGAUGUUGUUUCUGGUCAUCUCUAUGUUAGGUGGUAUGGUCUAUGCAUAAUUGAGGUUACAAUGCAGCAAGGAUAAUUAGGAGCUCGAUCUGAGACAUUGGUAACGUAUUUGGACCUCAAAGGGAUUUGAAAACAGUCCAUCUCACAUUCUGGAAGCUCCAAUCUAAAUGCCAUGAGAUGUAGAGAGUUAGAUCGUGAGUUUGUAAAAUGAAAAAGAAAAAAAAAAGAAUGAAAUCUCAACCGUUGAAGUGAUUGAAUUUCUACAUAUCGCGGACAAACCUUGACACUGACCUAAACAGCAUCCAAAACACUGAUAUCUUGUAGUGUAUUGGACAUAAAAUGCAGGUCAUUUGGAUGCAUCAUUUUGAUUCUGUGGUGUUUGGAAUCAAAAUGAUGCAUUAUUAUGGUCAGCGGCGGAUCAGGACAGUAAGGGUGGGCAUUCGGUCGGUUCGAUUCAAAUCGAACCGAAUAGACAAUUACCGACUCCUCGAAUCAGAUUAUGGUCCCAACCGAAUUCAAACCGAAUUAUAUUUAGGUUCGGUUCGGUUUUAAGCUCUAGACCCGAACUUCUAUAAUAACAACACCUCACUCCUACUUUCCCCUUUUCCCAUUUGGAAAUUGAAAUUUCCGUCAGAUCCAUCUCUCUCUCUCUCUCCAUAGCCAACAAAAGCAGUCGACACAAAGCUCUCCUAAGCGGCGAUAGAGAUCUUUGGCACAAUGAAAAUCGACGGCAGGCAUCAACGAUGGCGAUGACUCCGACAACGAAUGUGAGAGGUUAGUGUGCUGAUUUUUCCAAGCAUGCAUGGUAUUGUUUUGUUCGAUUUUCUACGGCAACGAAUGUGAGAGGUUAGUGUGCUGAUUUUUCCAAGCAUGCAUGAUAUUUUUUGGUUCGAUUUUCUCCUUCAAGCUUCAUUAACUUCGUCCCUGUUUCUGAUUCAGGAGGAGAAGAAAGUUUCAAGAUCUGG